CGCAAGUUGGCAUACGCCGUGUCGGGUUUGUGGCCGUUGUGCUUGUCCUGGGUUGUAGCUUCUGCGUGGUUCGGCUCACGGUUCGGCGCGGCCGAGCAGGCUUCAGCUCGGGUGCCGGGGUCAGCUCUCGGUUCCAUGGAGUGAGGGAAGGGUCGCCUUGAAUCGUUUUUCCUCCACAUCGAGUGGAUUCUCGGGUAGGACGCUUCCGGCAGUGUAGGAAUUCGCCCGCUACUUCCUUACUUGCUGAAGGUGUCCUCUAUGGGCCCCGUAGUUCCUGGCGAUAGGACAUGCGUGAGAGACGGAGAGGUAGGCGCGGGAGGAGGAUGAGCGGGAGCGAAGAUAGGGAGGCGCUGGAGGAGUGUGGAGAGGAGGAAAGAUAGGGCGAUGCCGGAAGAGGAUGAGCAGGAGGGAGGAUAGGUAGGGAGGGGAUGGGCAUGGUUGGCUUUUUGAUUCAGGUGGUGGUUGCUUGAUUACCUCCGAUUGCCUCUGCCUCCGCCUUCGGGCCCGGGUGCCUAAGCUCCGCCGAAUGAAUCCAGGCAGCCCUACUUCAGGGUAAAAGCAAUGCCGCCGCCGGCCUUUCCCGCCCGACCGGUAAGAUGGUGAGUAAUGAAGCCGGGCGGCCCAAACCUGAUCCUUGCUAGCUUUGAAGCAGAGAGGAGGGCAGGGCGGGGCUUGCUCUGGUUCUGGAUAUGACUAUGGCUAUGGCUGACUGGCACCCGGAUUAAUGUCUUCACUCUGUAAAGAGAGAGACAACACAAGGGAAGGUAAGAGGGCUUGUAACUCCGGAAAGAGAGGCAUAAGGUAAGAGUAUCUCCUGCUUACGUUUAGCCCCUUCUUGAUCGGCUUCUCGUCUUCCUGAUCCUGUCAUUAUGCUUUAGUCGUUCCUCACGUUCUGUCGUGAUCGAACUCGCUUUCCUUCUGUUUGCGCCCCUGAUAUCGGGGUUUUUUUCCGUCUCUCCCGUGUCUCUUUUCAGUCCGUCAGGUAUGAACUAUCGAUCGAUCGGCUCGUCUAGCAGGCCAAUCGAAUCCUAGGAAACAGCAGGCGGAGGGGGCUUUCGGGGCGGUGAGAGCAAAGGAAGAGAGAGAGAGAGAGAGAGAGAGAGAGAGAGAGAGAGGUCUGAGCGCUCACACAGAGAGAGAGGGCUUAAAGAGAAACGCAGACACACACAGACACAGAGAGAGAGAGAGAGAGAGAGAGAGAGAGAGAGAGAGAGAGAGAGAGAGAGAGAGAGAGGAGGUUUUAGCUUCAAUGGUGGACCCUAAGAUAGAAGACGAUGACGAUGAUGACUUCUUCGCCACAGUGUAUGGAAAGGAGUAUGAAGGCCCGCCUAAGCCUGUCCCACGUCCGGCAGCCCCCGCGGCAACGAAACGGGCCGGCCCGUCGUCUGACGAUGACUCGGAUGACGAAGGGCCGCGUGAUCCUAAUGCUCUGCCGACUGAUUUCACAAGCAGGGAGGCGAGGGGAUGGGAGGCGAAGGCCAAAGCCAGCGAAAAGCACUGGAAGAGGAGGAAGGAGGAAGAGUUGAACUGCAAGAUCUGUGGAGUGUCAGGCCACUUCGCUCAGGGAUGCCCCCUUACUAUAGGAGGGAAGCGUACAGGGGAGGUGGUUGACAAGAUCCGCAUCAAAGACAAGAAAUUGAAACCCAGGAUCAUCGGAACAGGUGGUACAGUAAUUCAAGGACUCGAAGAAGAGAGUGGCUGUAGACUCAAGUUGGAGGAGCUUGCCAGCGAUGGAUCCUUCAAUGUGCGGAUCACUGGACCAAAUAGGAUUGUUGUUCUGAAAGGUAAAGAAGUGAUAAAGAACUUUGUGAAAAAGGUCAUGGAAGAGGGGGGUGGAAAGAGAAGGUUGGAUAGUGUCAUUGGUGAUGACAAUGAUCGUCGUGCAUCCAAUGAUGCUCAUGGUUCCGGGAGGGAGGGAAGGGAGGGGAGGGAAGGGAGGGAAGGGAGGGAGGGGAGGGAAGGGAGGGAGGGGAGGGAGGGGAGGGAAGGGAGGGAUGGAAGGGAUGGUGAUCUGCGCAGUGCCGAUGUCGAUGGAGAAGGCUUGGAUGAACCAUGGAGAUCAUGGGGUGGUUCCUCAGGGGGAAAUUCUAAUCCCGAGUCUCGAGGGCGCGACUCCCUCCUAGGUCCUGGUGGUCCUCGUGACUCCCUGCUAGGAUCAGGUCCACGUGGUGAGGUGGGAUCGGUGCUGCGAGCAGAACUGGGUGGCGGUCCACGUGGUGAACCAGGAUCUGCAGGUCGGGGCGAUUCCCUGCUUGGACCAUAUGGUAACUAUGGCGACAGAGGCUACUCGUUUGACAAGGGUUCUCCAGGUCGUGGAGCAGGUUCCUAUGCCGGGGCCUAUGGUGGGCUCGAGGGAGAAGGAAGCUGGCGCAAACCUGAACGACCCCCACAGACACUUGAGGAGCUUGAACAGUUGUUUCUGCAAGAGACGAUAGACCUUACAAAGACUCAGAACAUUGAGGAGGAGACGGAAAUUGCUCGUCACAGGGAGAGAAUGAGGGAAAUACAGCUGGAUCACCAAAGGCGGAUGACCCUGUUGCGUCAGAGGCACGCAAGCCAGAGGGAGGAGUUUCUAACUAUGCAGAGUCAGCGAAGGCUUCAGGCACAGAUACAGCAGCAGGAGGAGGAGCAGCAGAUUUAUGCGUACAGUCACAACCGAAGGAUGCAGAUGGCUGCAGGAGAAAGGAUGCAGAUGGCUGCAGAAGAAAGGAUGCAGAUGGCUGCAGAAGAAAGGAUGCAGAUGGCUGCAGGAGGUGGACUUGGAGCGGGCAUAUAUCAGGAUGGGUAUGGGUUUGCAAGAGAGAGGUCAGGGUUCUCACCAUCGCGUUUGGAAAUGGAGAAGGGGAGGUACUCCCAGUUUGCGCACGACCAGCCGCAUUAUGGUCUUAAUGGUGUUGGGGAUGGUCUUUCAUCGUAUCACUUGGCUGGAAGAGGGGAUCAUCCCCUUUUGCCCGGUGGUGGAUAUUCUCAAAUGGAUGGCCCGCGUGAUGACCCUUACGGACCUGUUGCGGGCUACGGUUAUGGUGGUGGUGGUGGAUCAAUGUACUCGUCCUAUGUUUGAAGAAUUCUGGUUUCUGCCACCUCAGGUACCCCUGUCUCCUUCAUCACAGAGUUUUGUUGUACUCCAUUUUGAUUUCAUUUUACCUCCAGUUUGUCUGGGGCCUGUGUCUGUUCGGAGUCAUACCUGUGGAUUCUGUAACCAUUUCAAAUGCAGAGUUAUCUGUUGAUGGAAGUAUGUGUCCAAUAGCCUUUAGAUUAGAGACUGGCAUGGUUGAUCUGCAGCUGAUCCUGGUCCCCUGUCGGUUAUGUCCUUUGUGUCAAGGCCAAGGCCCGCAUUCCUGCCCUUGCUGUGGUGAGUGUUUCAGAUGAGUGUGGCUGCUGCUUUUUUAUCUCGUCGCUUCGUCCUCUCUUGCAGAGAAUCCACACGUUGCACCCGUGCAAGUUAUAUGACCAUUGAUGCCAUGUGUUGGACUCUGGAGCAUAAGGGAUGCCGGUGCCGCCCGGAAGAAAAUGUGUUCUAGUGGAAAAGAAUAGUGCGUCCUGUGUGUUGGACCUCUUAAAAUUUGCUUUUGAAUCUGCGUGCCUCCAAUUGGGGGUGGAGAAAGCGAAGUCAUAAUUUACAUCUCUCUGUGUGUGUUGUAUCGGAGCUUGGCAGCAGAUGUCUUCUGUGUAUUUUGCAAUGAGGACGUGGUCGCCGCUGGUAUGUUCCACUUCUGUGUAUUUUGCAAUCGGUUGUCAAGAUGGAAAUUCUUUCUCACACUGAAACAGCCAUUUUCUUUUCUUCAGUCUUUUUGCAGAAUCCCUGUCCUCAACGUCUUUGACAUCUGUACGUUCUGACAGUCAACCGGUCUGAGCUUGACGUGGUCGCACUGAGUUGUGCUGCUGUUGUGUGCGCGGUAAGGGAAGCUCUCUUCAUGAGAGUGUAAUGUGAUUGGGGCAUGUGGUGAUGGUAGAGCACAUUAGUGGCAGUAAGUAUUCCAUGCUAUUCUCUCAGUGCAUUGCUCUGUUGUCCAACUCUGUUGAUCGAUUCCAAAAACAAUAGGGCCUUCUUGUUAAGUUGGGGGCUCAGGCGAAGCACGUGACCAGGGCCCUAGAAAAGGAACAUACUGAAGGGGCUGACUUCUUUCAGGGUCUGUGUCGAUUGCGGCGUGUGGAUCGUGGUUCCGUAGAGAUUACUCCGGUGCCUGUGAAGACAUUCAUGCUCGGUGUAGGAAGCGGCCAACCAUUGUGUUGCGGUCUCGGGAGCGGGGUUUUCUGUUAGUUGAAGUGCGGUGGAGAAACCUUGCAACCUCUUUAGAUUACGUCCGGCACACGCUUCGCACUCGUACACAGGUCCCUUCGCUCGAGCGGGGGUUUCCGUUAGUUGGCAACCAGAUUAUGAGGGGUCCUUUGGACUGGGAUUAGCAGUUCGUAAAGAUUAUGAGGGGUCCUUUGGAGGGGUCCUUUGGAGGGGUCAUUUCGAGUGGGAGUGACAGCAGAGAGUAAAGAUUGUUGUGGAACCAGAUUUCAUGUGUGAUAGCAGAGAGUAAAGAUAGUUGGCCUCAAGAUUACGAGGGGUCAUUUCGAGUGGGAGUGUGUAUUGAGGAUCCCACUUCAUGUUUCAUCGAUUCUGGUGGUGGGGAAGUUUUACGUGUAGGAACGCAGACUGUACGCUGGAUACAGUACUUGUCGUGCACACCAAAGGGGUCCGCGCUGCGAGCACCCGCAAG